AUGGGCAAUGUCGACGUAAUGAAAUGUGACGGUAAGACAAAACGAAGUUUUAUAUUGCAUAAUAAUGAGCCUCAAGAAAAAAUUGCAGAUCAUAGGCCCAAGAUCAAGAAGAGAAAAUAUAGUCGAAAAGGAUGUCAGGAAUGUAAAAGAAGGAAAAUGAAAUGCGAUGAAAGCAAACCGUCCUGCAAAAAUUGUAUCAGGCUAACUAAGAAAUGUAUCUAUAACGUGAAAGAAUUCAAGUUUGAAACUAUUGUUAAGGAGACAUCCGAUAAUGUUCAAGGUAAUGUAAACGAUUAUUGCCAAAAUUCAAAGGGACCUGGGAAAGAUAUUCAAAUGAGAUUUUAUAAGCCUUCAGAGAGUUUUACUGAUAAUCACAAGCCAAAAUUUUUGAAUGAAAAUUUAUCUAACUUAAAAGAAGACCAAAUUGUUGCACAUCCUGUAAUCCUAGACUCUAAUCAUACAAGACACAUGGUCAUGGACACGGCUUUUAUCGACUCCUCAAAGAAAAAAGUAAAUUAUUGCGAUUUUAACUUCAAUAGCCUGAAUAAUGAGAUUAGAAAUGAUUCAAAUGACCCUGUCACUGACAAGAAUGGUGUCAUUGAAAUGCAAGGUAUCUUCGACGAAGCUAUGCUUUUAAUUAAUGAACUUAAUAACAUAUUGGGUACUGAAAAAAUUGAGAAUGUAAAUAGCAGUGGAGAAGUGCUAGGCGACCUUUUCAAGACUCCCGAUAUAGGAUCUCACAUAUUUGACGGUAAUCAUUACUCACCAAUAAAAGAUGAUGGUUAUUUUGAAUUUAACGAUCUCAAAUCCUAUGAUGAUUUAAAUGAUAAUGAGUCAAGCCUGUCAAAUUCGAAUUUAUUAAAGGAAAUUGAGAUCCAAUAUAAUCUAUCACAGUUACACAUCAAGUAUUUAAACGCACUUGUGAAAACAAACAUUUCUUAUCACAUAUUUCCGUUUGCAUCUUCGAUUGAAUCAAAUGAGGUCAUGAACUUGCUUUUAGUUCAUCUGAGGAAUUGCUCGUAUCUUUUAGCUGCUCUUUUGACAAUCUCGGCAACUAUACACUAUAAUCAAACUCGAAAUGAUGAUCAUGCGUUGUUCGGGUCUAAUUGUACCAUAAUUUGCAUGAGGCUUUUAAAUGAGGCAUUUGCAUCCGGUGAUAAGCUAAUUCUGGAUUCAGAUAAUGAAAUAACAAGUCUAUUACUUACUGAUCUAGUUUUGGCUUCAAAUUUCACUGCAAUGUAUCAAGUAAAGAAUUCAAAUAUUGUCACCUGGAAAACACAUCUUAGAGGGGCUAGAGACUUGUUGAUAAGAUAUUCAUCCUUGACAGAAUCUAAGAAUACUCAACACGUUUCAAGUGGGUUAGCAUUAGCAAAAACAUGGUUUUUUGCAAUCGAAUCCACCGCAGGAAUUACUUCCACAAAGGGCGGAACACUCACCAAGGUUAAGGAUGUAUGCGUCGAAGAUAGCACAGAUGCAGAUGUCAAUUACGGAGGACAUGCCGAUCUUAUAUUUAGUGACACGGGAUAUUUUUCUAAGGAGCAUAACCCACAGUUUCAUUUUGCACUCAAAAGACUGAAACUAUUGAUAACCAGCCCCGUAGACUUUAACUUAUUUCUUGGUUAUAGUAUGAACGUCGUACGAUUGACACACGAACUAAUGCAAAUCCUAGACUCCUUAAGGUGCAACAAAGAAUGGCAGCUAUCAGUAGAUAGCUUUGCUAAACUAAUGGCAUUAAUUUACAGAGCAAGGGAAUUUGAGAUCGUUCCUAACGUUUCAAAAAAUUCAUUUAUUAUUCCACAGGGUAGUCCAGCACACCCAGAGAAUCCAAAGAGGUCGUUGGAGCUCCCAGCAAGUGCGUAUGGUAAAAUCACUGGACCUAGUGGCAAUGUCAUAUACUAUUCAUGGUAUGAUAUAUCUGAGCAGAUACAUGUUGACUAUCAAUAUAUGAAGUUAUUGAUAGGGAAAGGAAUGCUUCAUCUUCAACCGAGCCACCCUUUGGUAAAGGAUUUGACUAGGAGGAUUAUGAGCUAUUUGUUCUUCGUGAGAUAUAAAGACCCAUCUUAUAAGAAUAACUACUCCAACGUUUUAGUUGAGACUCAGAACUAUUACGUUCUUGAAAGCGAGUUUGAUACUCGCUGUGUAAUGAUUCAAUCACCUUUUAAGAUAUGUGCCAGACUCAUAGACAAUGAAUUGGAAUUUGAGAAACUAGAGCUUUUCUUUUUGGGCCUUACAAAGCUUGGAAAUGGUGGUGCUUAUUCAGUAUUAUCAAUGCUUCAAAAAACAAAAGAGAACCUCGCUUCGAAGACCACUUUUCUGAAUAACCAACAACAUUUGACUUCUAGCAAGGGCCCUGAGAAGGAUGAAAUUGACGAUAUUGUAUGCUUUAGCUAG